UCUCCAUGUGUGUAUUCAUGUUAUGUACGUGUCCUGUCGGUGCCAUCGGUAUUCCAUGCUAUCCGACUUCGGAGGAGCGUUCAACUAAGACGGAAGAAUUGUUCAUAUACAAUUUCUUAAAACAUUGCAGCUGGCAUUGUCUACACCAGACUACAUUAAUCAAGAGGAGGGUUUCCUUGAACGAAUUCCUUAAGUUCAAUUCCUGUCAAGAGUGAAGAAUCUAACAUUUCGGGCUCUUCGCCUUCAUCUGAGAGUGAGCAGGUGAGAAAGGACGACCGGUGCUGUCACUUGGAGCUAGUGAGAUGAAGGCACCACUUGGAAAAGUUUGAUACAUUUUGGCUGUUGAACUGAUUAGAACCAGGCAUGCAAAAUUCACUUGUUGCUUCAAGGCGGGCUUCUCUCGAGCUAUCUCUUUCAGGGCCAUCCAGCUCUACAUCAAGCUAUCUGAAAAGUUAUCGCCCUGAUUCUGGAUAUUUAAAAUACCAUGGCUAUUCCUGCAGUCCUGCUUCAACCAUCGACAGACUUUACUCACGUCGGCUCCCUGAUGGACCGGGUCCACUCGACAGAAAAGGCAAACUCUUAUCGGACUUACGCACCAACCGUUCACGUUACAGUGAAAAUGUCAGUUUGCCUUCGUACACAAAAACUCAAAAACCAACAGAAUAUACUCACACACCUCUCAGUAGCUCUAAGUAUUCUACAUCAAACUAUUCGUCCCCUUUAUCUAGGAGUUAUAAGAGCUCCCCUAGCAGUUUAUAUAGUGGUAGCACUUUACGUAGCGCAAGAGCCUCAAGCGUUGUCGAUUUGCCAAGCACACAAAGUCGGUACUCGGACUUUCGUUCUUCAGAUGCCUAUAGUUCUUCCCGCCUAAGAGCUGCCAGCCAAUCACGCACUGUAAACCCAGAGUCACAUAAUCAAACAGGUUCAAGGAGCCGGGCACCCAGUGUGGAUGUUGCCAUGGAACGAGUCUCCAACAAAUCAACAAAGAACGAUCCUACUUCAACAUUGGAAAACUACAAUAGCAGCAGCUUAAACACAUUGGGUUGGAGAGCCAAGGUGUACAGUGACCGAUACAGUCCUGUGGAGCCGCUCUCGGACCAGACGAAUCACAUCAACAACACAGGCAAUCACAUCAGCGCUACAGCCAGAAGACCGGUCAAUAAGAUAGAUGAUCUUGAUGGAAUGGUUGGCCUUCAAAAUCUCGGAAACACGUGUUUCAUGAACAGUAUUCUCCAGUGUCUGAACAAAUCCCCUUUGCUGCUGAACUACAUAAUCAGUGACCACUACAAACUGGACAUUGCCAAACCAGGGGCUGCCCGCUUUGAAGGAAAUUUUUUAAGAGCCUUUUCUGAAGUGAUGAAAAAGUUGUGGACAUCCCGCAUGGAAGUCACACCAGCUGUGUUUAGAAACAGUAUUAAAAAAUUAAAUAGUAUUUACCAAGGUUUUGGUCAAGAAGAUGCCCAUGAGUUCUACAAUCACCUGAUCAAUGGCUUACAUGAAGAACUUGACACAACGAAGAAAUCCGGACCCAAAGGGAUCAACCAAGCAUCUUGGUAUGACUUCUGUAAAGGUGACACUAAAAUUACAGAUAUUUUCGCUAUGCAGAUGAAGCACAAUUAUGAAUGUCUUGAGUGUUACUCAAAAUCAACUGAGUACCACACAAGUUUUGAUAUGUCCUUGCCCAUGAAGAAGGCAUUCCGCACUAUAAACAUGGAAGAUAUUAUUGAAGAUUUUAUAGAAUCUACUUCAAAUAAUAUGUGCAAGAAAUGUUCCAAACUAACUCUACAUAAUUGUAAAAAAGAAUUUGUUCAUUUACCUGAAGUAUUAGUUUUAUAUUUCCAACGAGCAGAGAAGCUGGGUAAAUUAAAAACAGAGAUGCAAUACCCUGUUGAAAAUCUAAAUUUUACGAAAUAUGCCAUAAAAGGUAACCCUAAAUUGGCCACGUAUACCCUGUACGCUAUUUGUCUCCAUGCCGGGGACUGUGCCACAAGCGGACAUUACUGGGCAGAGUGUCGACACCCGAAAACCUCAGAAUGGAACAAAUACAACGACACACGGGUGAGCAGCAUCCUGAAGGGAACCACGGCAACAGGCAGUCGGGAAUGCGUCUUCUUUUACCAGAGAAAGUGAAUGCUCCUAGCGCCACCAUUCAGCCAGCAUCACUGACAAUGAGAAAGCAGCCGACAAGCCACAUUCCAGGCUGCACAACCAAACCCACUCUGCUAUUGACUUGUGCCAAUGGACCGGUGCCUUUUUCUCUAAAUAAUUUCUUCAAACACAUAAAAGAACCUUUUUUUUUUUUAUUUGAGAAGCUUU